UUUAGUUACUUAAUGAAAAUGUCAGAGUCAUCGGAGCAAAGCAAUUUUAAUGUUGACAUUGUCAUACCACAACAAGGAAUGCUUUACAAAGAAGACACACCAGAUUAUAUUCUAUGUAAACCAAAAUUAAUGCCACUGAAAUCUGUUACGUUGGAAAAGCUUGAAAAAAUGCAAAAAGACGCUGAACUGAAAAUGAAAGAAUUGGAAAAUACAACAGAGAAUAAAACUAGCGAACAUUGACAUCGAUGUUUUGAUAU